AUGAGCUCCCGCACCGCCAGGACGCUCGCCCUCGCCGUCACCCUUCUCCACUUGGCCAGGCUGGCUCUCUCCACCUGCCCCGCCGCCUGCCACUGCCCCCUGGAGGCUCCCAAGUGCGCCCCCGGAGUCGGGCUGGUCCGGGACGCCUGCGGCUGCUGUAAGGUCUGCGCCAAGCAGCUCAACGAGGACUGCAGCAAAACGCAGCCCUGCGACCACACCAAGGGGCUGGAAUGCAACUUCGGCGCCAGCUCCACCGCUCAGAAGGGGAUCUGCAGAGCUCAGUCGGAGGGCAGACCCUGUGAAUAUAACUCCAGAAUCUACCAGAAUGGGGAAAGUUUCCAGCCCAACUGUAAACAUCAGUGCACAUGUAUCGAUGGCGCCGUGGGCUGCAUUCCUCUGUGCCCCCAAGAACUCUCUCUCCCCAACUUGGGUUGCCCCAACCCCCGGCUGGUCAAAGUUACCGGACAGUGCUGUGAGGAGUGGGUCUGCGACGACGACGACGGUGCCAAGGACCCUGUGGACGACAGGGAGGGCCUCCUGGGCAAGGAGCUGGCCUUCGAUGCCUCGGAGGUGGAGUUAACCAGAAACAAUGAAUUAAUUGCAGUUGGAAAAGGCGGCUUCCUGAAGCGGCUCCCCGUUUUUGGAAUGGAACCUCGCAUUCUUUACAACCCUUCUUCACAUGGCCAGAAAUGUAUCGUCCAAACAACUUCGUGGUCCCAGUGCUCAAAGACCUGUGGAACUGGUAUCUCCACACGCGUUACCAAUGACAACCCUGAAUGCCGCCUGGUGAAAGAAACCCGGAUCUGUGAAGUGCGGCCUUGUGGACAGCCGGCGUACAGCAGCCUCAAAAAGGGCAAGAAAUGCAGCAAGACCAAGAAAUCCCCCGAACCGGUGCACUUUACUUACGCUGGAUGUUCGAGUGUGAAGAAAUACCGGCCCAAGUAUUGCGGGUCCUGCGUGGACGGCCGCUGCUGCACGCCUCAGCAGACCAGGACUGUGAAGAUGCGGUUCCGCUGCGAAGACGGCGAAAUGUUUUCCAAGAACGUCAUGAUGAUACAGUCCUGCAGAUGCAACUACAACUGCCCGCAUGCCAACGAGGCCGCCUUCCCCUUCUACAGGCUGUUCAAUGACAUUCACAAGUUUAGGGACUAA